AGUUUUCCCAGCGGGUUGCGCGCCGACAGACCACAUAACUCUGGAGCAUUACCAAUAGGUUAUUGAACGCAGGAAACAACUCGAAUCGUGGAACCACGCCAUAUCUCCAAUUGCGAACUCUCUUCUAUACUUUAUCUCCUCUCCUGUGAAAGCUAUACCACAUACUUCAAUCCAAUGCAGCCCCCGUCGCCGCAGCUCCUGCGCGCCCUGCGAGCUUCUAUCUCGACAGGCGCUGCUGCCACAUGCAGUCGGACUGCGUCGCAUGCUGCUCUCAGAACCUCUAUCGCAUCGCCUGUGAAUCCGGCUUAUCGAUCUCUUGGAGCCAGUAUUCCACGCCGCUACAACAGCAACACUGCCCGUCGACCAUCGCGGAUUGUUCCUCGCGCCCAGCCAGCGAAACCUCAGAAUCGCGAUCGCGGACCGCCCUCAAACGAAGAGACUCAGACUGACUUUGGCGCGCUUAAUGUUUUCGGCAAUAUCCCAGCUCCUAGUACAGCCAUCGACGCUUGUCUGGACGAUGGAUUCCACUUGGAUAAUGGAGUCAAGAUCACCGGCGGUGACGGUGUGCUGCUGGUAGGCGGAGAGGCUUUCUCCUGGCGGCCGUGGGAGGGAUACGACAAGGGAGAUGAUAAGAAGGGGUUGAUGCUCAAUGCAAAGGGUCAAUUUGAGGUCCCGGAGGAAGCAUGGGGGUUGUUGAGCUUGGUGUGGCCUAGACCUGAUCUACUCAUCCUUGGAGUCGGAGGCCAAAUGGCACCGCUUUCGCCGGAGACAAGAAAGCACAUCAAUCUGUUGGGAAUUCGGGUUGAAGUACAGGAUACCAGGAAUGCAGCUGCUCAGUUCAAUCUGCUGGCAACCGAGCGCGGUGUCACUGAAGUUGCAGCAGCAAUGAUACCGAUUGGAUGGAGGUCACGAUGAAUGAGCGGUGUCGAACUAUUGCACUCUACUCUUUGGUCCGAUGCUAAUUAGUUCCUAGCACCAGGCACCAGUUACGAUAGUUAGAUACUUGUGCCUGGCUGGUGCUUUGAUGGGGGCUGGGGCGCUAUGUGCUGUCACACGCCCGUUUCGUAAUUGGUAUCUAUAGUAAUACUGUAUACUAUCAACCUAUGUCUCAUCUCUUCCAGGAACGCUUGAUUCUUCAUCUAGAGGCGUGGACCUAUUGGAUAAAUAGAAGCGUAUCCCCAGCUUUAUUAUCUAUGAAUAAAAUUAACUAGGAGCUUCAGUUAGGACUUGAUCG